CUCAGCGCUGAUUCCGAUCAACAAUUCAUCGGGCCUAUUUCGUGGAACCAAUUGGCUAAACAAAUCAUUGCUUCAUACACGGUGAUUACGGAAAACGAAAAUCUGAAAGAGCGGACGACCGGAGUACCGCUCCGUCGAUCCCUGCCCGAUUCACCUUGCUCAUUUUUCUUGGCAGAGAUGUGGAAGAUCUACGUUGGGAACUUGAGCUCUAGAAUCAGAGAAUUGGAGCUUUCGAACGAGUUUCGAACAUACGGACUUGUUAGAAGUAUAUGGAUAGCGAGGAAUCCACCAGGUUAUGCUUUUGUUGAAUUUGAUAGUCGUCAGGAAGCGCAUGAUGCUAUUGCUGCUUUAGAUGGAAAACAUGGAUGGCGUGUAGAGAUGUCUCAAAGAUCAUUGGGUGGAAUAAGAAACAGGUCGUCGAACCGUGAUACUAGAUGCCGGGAGUGUGGUUCGCGUCGCCAUCAUGGUAGAGAUUGUCGAUUUAGGUCAUCACAAAGUUCUAGAAAGAGUUCAAGUCCUCAUUCCCGGGCACACAAGAGCAGUGUCAAGAGAAGACGUAGUCGGAGUAGAUCCCCUCUACGUGAUGAUCAGCUUAAUGAAAGGUACCAUAGAACUAUUCAUCUGUUUUCUAGAUUGAAACCAUUGGCAGGUUGUUAGCCAGAUGCAUAUCAGCAAGUGUAAAGUCACCUAUUUUUUAUGCACAUUUUU